CUUUGUAGCUGAGGCCGCACAAGUCACAGUCUCUGCGCUGUUAGGGGUUGGCGGGAGUUUGUAGUUCAGGAUUUGUUGAAGAGCCUCAGUCUUUUCAGGAUGGGGGAACCAGAUCGGAUGCUCAGUGCGUCACCCAACUGGUACUGUAGCCGCUCCAGUGAUGCUGCCGGUGGACUGUUCGGAUUCGCUGCUCGAAAUUCUGUCUACCUCCUGAACAUUAAUCUGCAGGAGCCUGGAUUUUAUGGAGAGCUGGUUGGACAUACAGACCGCGUCUCUGGCUUUGCUUUUUCCCAUUUCUCAGGCCAAUCUCACCUGUGUGCCAGUAGCUCUGAUGAUGGUACUGUAAAGGUUUGGGACACGCAGACAAAGAACACUGUAACGGAGCACCAUCUCCAUCGGAGUACAAUUGCUGCUCUUCACUGGUCACCUUUAGUGAAGGAUCUGCUGGUAUCCGGGGAUGAAAAAGGAGUAUUGGUUUGUUUCUGGUGUAACCGAAAUGACAGCCAGCAGUUUUUUCCAGAGCCAAGGACUAUUUUCUGCCUUUCCUGCUCCCCGCACAAGGAGGACAUUGUAGCUAUAGGGUACAAAGAUGGCAUGAUAGUGCUGGUGGAUAUCAGCCGCAGAGGAGAUGUGUUGCAUCGGCUACGAGGGCAUGAAGAGGAGAUACACUGUUUGGAAUGGAGCCCCCAUGCCUUGGAGUGUGACCUGCAACAAAAGCUGGAGGAGACAGAGAUAAACACAGCCAAUGGGGAGCUUCUUCCUGAGACAGAAAACAGGAGAUGUUAUCUGGCUUCUGGCAGCAAAGACCAGACUGUCCGUAUCUGGAGUGCUUCUACAGGCAAAGCAGUUACAGUGUUGAAGCUGCCAUACUUAAAAAGACGUGGAGGCGGAGUGGAUCCAGCCAUCAAGGAGCGGCUCUGGUUGACACUGCACUGGCCACCUGGCCAUUCAACACAGAUUCUGUCCAGUUGUUUUGGGGGUGAAUUGCUCCUGUGGGAUUUAACCAAAUCUGGGAAGCAGAAGUGGACUCUCCUUGGCACCUCUGAUGGACAGAAUCAUUCUCGAAUUGUCUUUAACCUUUGUUCUGUGGUCACUGAGGAAGGGAAAGAGCUCUUGCUGUCUACUUCCAUGGACCGAGAUGUGAAAUGUUGGGAUCUGGGUUCCCUGUCCUGCUGCUGGUCCCUAACUUCCCUCGGUGGCUUUGUAUACAGCCUAGCUUUCUCCCCGGUAGCAGCUGGCAGCCUGGCUGUUGGGGUGGGGGACAGCAUGAUCCGUGUAUGGAAUACAAUGUCGGUUGUCAAUGCAUAUGAUGUGAAGACCCUGUGGCAGGGCAUCAGAUCCAAGGUCACUGCGCUGUCAUGGCAUCCGACCAAAGAGGGCAGUCUUGCUUUUGGCACCGAGGAUGGGAAAGUUGGCAUCUUUGAGGUCUACAUCAGCAAACCCCCUCAGAUUUCUGCUACAUACCACAAAAAGACUGUUUAUUCCUUAUCAUGGGGACCUCUGCUGCCUCCAUUCUCAUUUGGAGCAGAAGGGGACCGUCCUACUUAUACACUGUACAGCUGUGGGGGGGAAGGGGUUAUUUACCAGCACAAUCCUUGGAAACUGACAGAUGAAGCCAGUAAUAUUAACAAGCUGAUCCGGGACACCAAUGACAUCAAACACAAGUUACCAGCACACACAGAGUUAAGCUGGAGACCUGAUGGACAGUAUUUAGCUAUUGGCAAUGAAGAUGGAACCAUUGAGGUCUUCCACACUCAGCGUCUGCAGCUUAUCUGUACCAUUCAGCAGCAUCACAAGCUAGUGAAUGCUGUGCGCUGGCAUCAUGGCCAUAGCCAAGACCCUGACUUGAACUUUCUGCUGGCAUCUGGAUCUAACAAUGCUACUGUCUACGUGCACAACCUGAAAGGGCCCCUGGAGAAUCCAACAGAUUCCCCAGUCACCAUCACUGAGCCUUUCCGUACCUUGCCUGGACACACUGCAAAGAUCACAAGCCUGUCAUGGAGCCCUCACCACGAUGCCAGACUGGUGUCUGCCAGUUAUGAUGGUACUGCCCAGGUAUGGGAUGUUCUGCAGGAAGAGCCACUCAGUAACUAUCGUGGGCACAAAGGAAGACUGCUUUCUGUUCAGUGGUCUCCUGUGGAGCCAGACCAGGUGUGGACAGGAGCUGAUGACUUUUGCCUUCAUAGCUGGUCUGUAUCAAAGCAAGAGCAUAGCAGGCCUCCCAAAGGGAAAAAAGCCACUGAGCUUGAAAAAAAGCGUACCCUUCAACCAAAACCAAAAGCCAAGAAGAAGAAAAAGUUAGACACCCCCAAAGAGGAGGCAGGAAGAGAGGUACAGAGGGGAGAAAAGGAAAGCCCUCUAACACAGAAUGGGACAUCCGAUCAAGAGGAGGGACAGGGGACUCCUGAGCCAGAGGCAGCUGACAGAGGCUUACAUGAAGCAGAUGUAGAAUGUCCUUUUCAGCCAGUGGUCCCUUCUCCAGUUCCUGCUCAGGACAAGCACAGUCCCAUUUCAUUUGCUAAGACUGUACCAGUUAGGAAGGACCUGGCCAAAGAACGAGCAGAUCUGCAAAUCAGGAAGAAGAAGAGUCGAUCGUUGCUUCCCAUCAGCACCAGCAAAGAUCACCGAUCUAAAGAAGAGCAACACCGAGACUGUGUUAAGUUGGCAACUGUUGUAUGUGCGAAGGAUUUGGAAGAGAAAUCUCAUUUUCACUCGGAGGACACAAUGCACCUGGGACUAUACAGUGACCGAGCAGCCCUUUAUCACCUUAUGGAGGAGGAGGGUAAGGCUCAUCUGGAGAAUGGGCACCCUGAGCUCCAGCAUCAAAUUAUGCUUUGGAAAGGGGAUCUGAAGGGGACUUUGCAACUGGCUGCAGAGAGGGGUGAACUGACUGAUCAGCUGGUGGCGCUGUCUCCCGUAGCCGGAUACAAGGUCUGGCUAUGGACCGUUGAAGCCUUUGUGAAACAGCUGUGCUUUCAUGAGCAGUACGUGAAAGCCGCUUCCCACCUGCUGUCCAUUAAUAAAGUGUAUGAAGCCGUGGAACUGCUCAAGGGGAACCACCUCUACAGAGAAGCCAUUGCAGUGGCGAAGGCUCGGCUACUCCCCGAUGAUUCAGUCCUGCGGGAGCUGUACACUAGCUGGGCAGCAGUCCUUGAGCAGGACGGGCACUAUUCCAUGGCUGCUAAGUGUUAUUUAGGGUCCUCCUCUCCCUAUGAUGCUGCCAAGGUUCUAGCUAAGAAGGGGGAUUUGCUAUCCCUGAGCGCUGCUGCUGAACUUGCAUUAGUUGCAGGAGAAAAAGACCUUGCUGCUUCUUUUGCCAUCCGCUGCGCCCAGGAACUGUUCACUGCAAAGAAUUUUUUAGCAGCCCAGGAAGCACUACGACAGCACAACAGUCUGCUGGGGCAGAGACUGCUGUUUUGUACCAGUGAGCUGCUGUACAUGCAUUUGAAGGAGAAGAUGCCCAUAGAUUGGAAGACACAAAGCAAUCCAUGUUUCCAUGAACAGACAGGCAGUAGUAAUGGGGAACCUUUUAUGACCAAGCUUACAAGUCUAUGGCAGAGUUUGUGUGAAGUAAACAGCCCAGAGCAAUACAAAGAUGCCUUGCAACAACUGUCUGCCUCAGAGAUUCCACAGACCACUGUCAAUACUGGCCCUAAACAGCUGCUGCUGCACCUUUCCCAUGAGGUCACAAUAUUGUCUCUGAAUUGUCAGCUUAAAAACUGGAAAGAGGCUGUUCCAUCUCUCCUCCAUAUCCUGUUCCGCUGUCAGCAGGCAGGCCAUUUCACCCUGAUGCAAGGGAUAGCCAGCCUGCUGCUUCCUAACGGCUGUGAAGAGCUGAGGGCUCUGUUGUCCCCAGAAAACAAAGAGAAUUUGACUGCCUGUGACAGCGUGCAGGCCUUCCUUGCUUACAUAAAGAUGUAUGAGCUGUGGUGGGGACAGCAAGAAAUGCCACCAAAUUCCAAAGAUCCAGCGGCUGCAGUAAAUAUGGACAGUCCAAAUGGAGCCUCUGCUGCUGUGCAGGAGCCAGAUAUGAAACCAGGGGAUUUGUGCGGCUUUCAGGUGUUGCUGUCAGACCUUCACGCGCCCUUCCAGAGUGCCCAAAGAGAGAUUGCUGAGGUUCAGAGAGCCCUUCGGGAGAUGAUACAGCAACACCAGAGAAUCAGGCAGAACCAGGACAGCUCUUUGGAACUAGAACAAGAGCCUGAAUUAAACACUUCUUCAUCUCAGGAUAAAUCUCUUGACAGCCAAGUCAGCAUAUCCGCUGGUCCAAGUCCUGUGUCACUGACAGAGCUGAUGAAGAAGCUGUCAGUGGCCAACCACCGACUAGCAGAGUUCCCUGAAUAUUUAAAGGCCUUACCCUUUCCUGAUGUACUAGAGAGCUGCCUGGUGCUACUGCAUCUUCCAUCCUAUCAGAUCUCCCCAGAGAUCCGCUCCCAAGCCUUGGCGUUGUUGCACAGUCAUAGCCAUGGAUCUGCUGAUCACCAAAUAGCAGCCAAGAAGUUCCUCUCCAUCCCAGAAUGACUUUUGGGCCCUGUCUCCUAAUAGACUCCGGUUACUGCUUCUGGCUCUGCAAUAACUGUUGCAUUAUGUGGGUGCUACCAGUUGCUUCUAUCAGAGGCUGCAAAUCCAUCUCAAAUGUCUCCAUCCAGCAAAAAAAAAUAAUUCAGGCUCGAGAAACUUCUUUUGCAAAGACUGACGGAAAUGAAUGGAAGGCUGCUUAGAGGACCUGGGGUAGAAGCCAUAUCAUGCAGCCAGGUACUUACUUAUCUAUGGCACUUAAGAGACUGAAGCUCUGGUCAGACAAUUAAACACCCUGUUGAUGCCCGUUAACGUACCACCUAAUGUCACCUGUCGUGGUGGAUCCCAUACUCACAGCAAUAAGGUCCCAUAUCCUCAGCUAUAGGAAUAGUAUAUGUGGGAAAUGGGUAGGUGUAGGUAUAUGAAUUAUUUACUUCUAAGAAGGUAGAUGGUUCCCUGAAAACUAAAAGCAAAAGGUGAUCACUGUCUUAUAAACAGGUUCUGUUUGACCAGUCUAUCUUCAGCCUAUCUUGGGAACAUAUCCCUGUUUUAAAUUAUUUAGUUAUUCAUAGUCACUAUAUAUGGCUGCAAAUUGGCUUGUUGCUAAUAUAAGAAACAGAAUUGUAUUGAUGACCCUAGUAAUCAUAAAUAUGAGCUUUCCUAUGCAUAUUUAUAUAAAAAAAAAUUGAACAAGCUCUCACUUACAUGCAUGUACAGAGAAGCAGUCUUCUGUGCACACCUUAAUGCUUUACUUCACAAUUUAUAGGAAAUAAAUGAAAGCUGCAUACUACUAGUUUCCAUUUAAUUAAAUAGUAUUGUAGUCCUAUGCCAGGUGCAUGAAUAUGUGGAGGCAGAUUUCUAGAAAUUUGUAUUUUGUAAAUACUAGGCUCUCCAUAUAUGAUAUAUGCAGGUGAGAUAAAGAUCACAGUCUUCUUAUGGAUCCAUGGAUUAUAAAUAGUGCCAGCCUGAUAUGUCAGAAAGCUAAAUGUUGUUAUUCAGAAGGAAGCCAUUUUUUUUUGUUUUGUUUUGGGUUUUUUUGUACUUUUGUAAUGAAUGUUACAUUCCCACAAUGCAUUGCUCAUCACAACUUCUUGCUGUUGUAAAGAUUAUCAGGUAAUCUGUAGGGUUAGCAGCCUGACUUUAGAGCCUGCCACCAAAUGUUUCAUGUGAAGCCAAAGCCGAGCAUGGCACUUACAGUACCACUCAGCAGAUAUGUAUAAUGUCAUUAUGCAGUCACUAAGAUGCCAAGGAAGACUUGCACUUUCUUUUGCUUUUUCAAUUAAAUAUUUGAAGUCCA